UCAACAUGUCUUUAAGUUUGUCCGUGAACCCACCUGAUGUGACCCUGCGUAGCACCUUCCGGUGACUCCAAUGACAGCAGUAUGGGGUCAGAGCUUGGAUCUUGCAUCAGAAGAUCUGGGUUCAUGUGCCAGCUCUGCCCCUUCCCGGCACUUCCUGUGUCCCCCGGGCAAGUGACGGAGCCUCUGGGGGACGCCUGCCUCCAUGAACAUGGCAAAGGCCACUGAAAAGUGCUGUGGAGAACCAAACUGCCGUUAGAAGACUGGCCUCUUGGACGAGGGAAUUCGCCAGCAGACAGACUCUGGACUCGAGCCGCAUCUGUUCCCUAGGUCUCCUGCCUGCUGACCUGCCCACAUUCACAUGAGCCAAUCCAAUAAAAUAAAUUUCUCUCAACAGAUGGAGAGAGAGAAGGCUACAGAUGGCUCCCUGCAGAGCGAGGACUGGGCCCUCAACAUGGAGAUCUGUGACAUCAUCAACGAGACUGAGGAAGGUCCCAAAGAUGCCUUCCGAGCAGUGAAGAAAAGAAUUGUAGGGAAUAAGAACUUCCACGAGGUGAUGCUGGCUCUCACGGUCUUGGAAACCUGCGUCAAGAACUGCGGGCACCGCUUCCACGUGCUGGUGGCCAGCCAGGACUUUGUGGAGGGCGUGCUGGUGAGGACGAUCCUGCCCAAGAACAACCCACCCACCAUCGUGCACGACAAGGUGCUAAACCUCAUCCAGUCCUGGGCUGACGCGUUCCGCAGCUCGCCCGACUUGACGGGUGUGGUCGCCGUCUACGAGGACCUGCGGAGGAAGGGCCUGGACUUCCCGAUGACCGACCUGGACAUGCUGUCGCCCAUCCACACGCCCCAGAGGACCGUGUUCAGCUCAGAGGCGCCAUCAGGGCAGAAUUCUGUGGGCACUGAUGCCAGCCAUGGAGGAGACUCCACCCAGCACACCGCCCCCCUGCCCGUCCCGGCCGCACUCCCCAGUGACACACCCAUCACGCCAACCCCUGAGCAGAUUGGGAAGCUGCGCAGCGAGCUCGAGAUGGUGAGUGGGAACGUGAGGGUGAUGUCAGAGAUGCUGACGGAGCUGGUCCCCACCCAGGCAGAGCCUGCAGACGUGGAGCUGCUACAGGAGCUCAAUAGGACGUGCCGAGCCAUGCAGCUGCGGGUCCUGGAGCUCAUCCCCCGAAUCGCCAAUGAGCAGCUCACGGAGGAGCUGCUCAUCGUCAACGACAACCUCAACAACGUGUUCCUGCGCCACGAACGGUUUGAACGGUUCCGAACGGGCCAGACCGGCAAGGCCCCGCAGGAGGCCGAGGCGGCGGCCGACUUGAUCGACAUGGGCCCUGACCAGGCGGCCACCAGCAGCCUCUCGUCCCAGCUGGCGGGAAUGAACCUGGGCUCCAGCAGCGUGAGGGCUGGCCUGCAGUCUCUGGAGGCCUCGGGCCAACUGGAAGGCGAGUUUGACAUGUUUGCGCUGACCCGCGGCAGCUCUCUGGCUGACCAACGAAAAGAGGUGAAAUACGAAGCCCCCCAAGCAACAGACGGCCUGGCUGGAGCCCUAGAUGCCCGGCAGCAGAACACUGGAGCGAUGGGAGGCAGCCUUGAGAAGAGCCUCAGUGACUGGAUGAUGAGACAAGGCAUGAUCCCCGUCACCCAGGCCUGCCUCAUGGAGGACAUCGAGCAGUGGCUGUCCACUGACGUGGGGAAUGACACGGAGGAGCCCAAGGGCGUCACCAGCGAAGAAUUUGACAAGUUCCUGGAAGAACGGGCCAAAGCAGCCGAUCGGUUGCCCAACCUCUCCAGCCCCUCGGCCGAGGGGCCCCUGGGUCCCCCUCGUGGCGCUGCCCCUCGAAAGAAGACCCAGGAGAAAGAUGAGGACAUGCUGUUUGCCUUAUGAGCGUGGGGCCUGGCACCUGCAGCCUGAGCCCCCGCUGCUCCCACAGUCCCCGACGGGGGCCUGUUUCCCUCCUUCGGUGUUAAGGCUGCUUUGAGGAUGGCUUGUUACCCCCUCCUCUUCGCCUCGAGGAUAGGCUGACCCUGCUGUGGCCGCACCGCCUGGGCCGUGGAGAAACAGCUGGAUGAACCGGGGUAACGAGUCAGCUCUACAUUGGGAUCUUGGCCACCCCUGCCUCCUUCCCCACCCCAACCGACCACUACUUUGCUGAGACAGGCCGGCCGCUUGGUUGCCCGGAUGUGACUCCUUGUCCUAGGGGAUCCCCUCCCUGGACCCUUUCCACACUGCCAGUCGAGGCCUGGCUGGAGGCCAGAGGCAGCAGAAGCUUCUGUCGCAGCCUCCGGUCCAUUCCCCGGCCCCUGCCUCGUGGACCCCAAAGGCUUUGGCUAGCUGUCGAGGGCCGGCUGUGGGGGCCUCUGCCCAGCCGCACGCUGUCCAGGUACGAAGCUGUGUGUGGUGGGGGCAAGACCCCAGCAGCCCCAGGCCGCAAGGAGAGGCUCCUGGAGCACCUGUGGCCCCCACGACCUCCACUGCCUUUUCCUCCAUCAUCCUCCUCCUGUUCCUCCCGGUCAGGGCUCCACCGGGCACUGGGCCCACCCACCUGUUGAUUGACCUUCUUGUACUGGGAGAGGUGCCUUUUGUAGCCCCAAUUAAAGGUAGGAAAGCACCCUGCUGGCAACGCU